CCUGGCAGAAGGCAGUAGUGUGCCCUCUUGCUCUCCUAGUCUGUUCUCUCGCUCCUCUACCUCUCCUACUGUACGAGUGGAAGCAGCAGCAAGACUUAGUGAACCAGCCGAAUAAGAGAAGAGAGAACACAGCAUAGAGAACUUGUUCAACCAACGUUUUCAUCGUGGAAACUCAGAGGCGCUGCUGAUGAGGAGCGUGAGGAGAGGAGAGGAGGGGGGGGUGCACCUCAGCCAGCAGCCCAGCUGAAGCUGCUCUACCUGGGCUGUCUCAGCACCGCACUGGGCCUGCUGGUCUGGGAGGACCACACCUGCUGCUGCUAGCGCACCCAGGACCUGCUAGCCCACCCAGGACCUGCUAGCCCACCCAGGACCUGCUAGCCCACCCAGGACCUGUACCUACCUCCUGCUCCCCCCUCCACAUCUGGCCCAUCCCCGGCUCCUCCCCCCCAUGUGGACUGGAGGUGACCAUGAACCAUCGCUGGUCCUCCCACUUUCUGGCGAUCGUCUUUCUGCUGCUCUCCUCUGCAGCCCUCUCUGCUCACUUCAGGGUGUGUGAGCCGUACUCCGACCACAAGGGGCGCUACCACUUUGGAUUCCACUGCCCUCGCCUGUCAGACAACAGGACCUACAUGUUCUGCUGUCACCAUAACAACACCAUCUUCAAGUACUGCUGCAACGACACAGAGUUUCAGACCGCCAUGCAGAUGAACCUGACCACAGGAGACGACGGCUUCACACACAAUAACUACACCGCCCUGGUGGGGGUGUGGAUCUACGGGUUCUUCGUCAUGGUCCUGCUGGCGCUGGACUUCCUCUACUACUCUGCCAUCAACUACGAGGUGUGCCGGUCCUGGCUGCAGCGCUGGGGCCUGGGGGGGCGCUGGCUGAAGCAGGCCAGGAGCCAGUGGCACUGCCCCCCCGCCCUGGAAACCCAGCCCCCCCUGGGCCCCCCCUACCCACCCCAGGCCCCCCACCACCACCACAAGAACUGUUCAUCCCUGAAAGUCUAUCAUAUUCCCAUGGCAACCUAUCCCAUGGCAGCAAUUACCCAGACUGCACUGCUCAAGGACAGUGGCCAGCCAGCAGGCUGCAGCUUGGAUGAGGCCAGUGUGCCGGGGCUGCAGUUGGGAUGA